AUGGUAAGGCCAAUGCCAAAUAUUUUAGUGGACUCCAUACAAGAAUGGGAAUCUUACAUGGAAAACCUUGAUGAUGAAUGUGCUACCUUUGGAAGGAUUACAAGAAUGCGCCCAGAAGGCAAUAUGGAGAAACCAGAAGACUUUGUAAAAGAUGCCUUUCAUUACUUCGAUGAAGAAAACGAGACUUUGGGUCGACGGAAAAUCAUUUUGCUUCGUGCUAAACGAAGACUUUGUCAACAAGACCUUCUUUGGAAGCAUUCUAAAGACACAGAGAACCAAUGCUUGGAAAAAAUGACAGGACUACUAAAAAAUCAUGUUGAACGGAUGCUGAAAUUCUGUAGGAUGGUUUGUGAAAAAUUGUCCGAAACAUUCGAAACUACAAUGAAAGUCGCAAAAGAUUUUCAAGAUUGCAAACCUUCUCAAGAAUGGUUUUAUUUAUUUCAAUUGAAAUAUAUAAAGAAACAAAAAAAACAUCAAAUCCUUCCUUUCGUUUCCGAAUGGAUAAUCAUGGUACAACAGUACAUUGACUUGUUAAACGAUUUCGCAGCUAUUCAACAGAAAGUAUUGAAACUUUAA